UCGGCGGAGGAAGGGGUGCGGGUACGACAUGUAAAGAUGACGCGUACACAAACAUCAUCAGCUCGGUUAAUUUACAUGAUAUUAACCGACGUUUCAGCCCGUGUUUACAAAAUCUGGCCACAGCAUUGCGCCGGAGAAACACACGUUGGAUUUCCUCAAGCGACAGAACAGGCCAAAGUAGCUAUGGUAACGUUAAAAUGUCCUUGAAUAUCCAAGCUGCCCUGGCAGGGUUUGGCGGUUUGGGCUCGUCCUGGUGAAGGAAACGAAGCGGCUGCGAGCUCAGACCAGCAGCUGUCGCCUCCGUCCAGAGAACCGGGAAGAGCGCAGAGCAAACAGAUGAAGAGCACUCGCCAUCACCGCUCCCACCUGGGCUGCCAUGUGUUUGGGCUGCCGGUAAAAAGGACAUGGUCGACCUUCCCGUCCUGAAUGAGGACGAGCUCGAGGAGCAGUUUGUCAGGGGAUCUGGACCCGGAGGACAGGCCACCAACAAAACCAGCAACUGCGUGGUGCUCAAGCACAUUCCCAGUGGGAUUGUUGUGAAGUGUCAUCAAACCAGAUCUGUGGAGAUAAAUCGAAAGCGUGCUCGGGACAUUAUGAGAGAGAAACUUGAUGUUGUAUAUAAAGGAGAACUCAGUGAAGUGGUUCUAAAGAAAAAAGAGUCUGAGCUGAGGAAACAAGAGAAGAGGAAGAAGGCAAAUGAAAACCUGUUGAGAAAAAGACUGUUUAAAGAAGCAAUGACUCCAGACUCCAAAGCUGGAAAUGACACUGUUUGAAAUGUUUCUGUGGAAUAUAGAAUGAAGACAUGAAUACUAGAAUGCCAUUGUAUUUAAUGCCUGCAAAGACUGAAUAAGAAAACAUGGAAUGGUACUGUCAACAUCAAAUUCAAGUAGCCUUUUAUUUGUAUAGCAUCGACCAUGCAAAGUUUCAAUAUGCAAUACAUCACAUAACACAAGACGGUGAGGGACAUUUUGGAAAAAAAAAGAAAAAAUAUAAAAUAUUGAUUAUGAGUAGUAUAUCUUUCAAUGUCUGGGGUACACUCCAAAAAAAAACAAACAAACAAACAAACAAAAAAACAUUCUUAGGUGUGUAUGCUUUAAAUUUAGGUAAAGUUGCAGUAUGCAACCUUUACCUGUACAUGUAAUUUGACUUAGGUACAUAUUUCAACAUGUGAUGAGACACUUUCCCCUCAAUCACUUCCUGUAAGUUGUUAGUGUUGUCAUUGAGUUGUAGUGUUAGUUUCAAUUCGGAAUGCAUCAUAUGAAACUCUAGAGCAUUUCCUGCUGCUUCAUUUGAUAUUGAAAAAAAGAGUCAACGUAGUACAGUUUACUUACUAGAUGUUAGCAAAAGCUCUCUAACCUAAAUCUCAUGGACUAAACACAGGCUUGACCUAUCUUGCUGCUC